AUGAGCUCCUACUUCUCCUCCUACUCCUCAUCCUCCAUCUCGAGCGCCCUCAGCUCCCGUCUCAACAGUCUCCGGCGAGCCAUCACCUUAGGCGACGAGAAGGACGACCCCGACAACGAAGACUGCUCGCACAUCUCCAACGCCCUACGCGCCUACUACACCGAAAAGGGCAGACCCUUCCCAGUCUGGCUCCCCCCAGACCCAAAAGCGCCGCAAGCCGCGCCCGCCCGCGUCGUUGCAACCACCCAGCUCCCCGGCCAAGGUCAAGCACCCGCCAUUGGCGGCAGGGGCGGCGGUCUCGGCGAUCUAUGGGGUGACUCUGGCUCGCCCCAACCGCCUUUGGCGCAGACAACCAGCCUCCGCCGAGGCCGCGGAGGAAAUGCACCCCCUCUUGUCCCCAUGCACAGCGCGCCGCCCGGCCCGACCUCCACGCCCUCGCCGCCGCUGACGCACGCCCAAUCGCAUUCGCCUGGCCAAUCCGGGAACUUGCACCCGGCUGGUGCUCGGCCUUUGCCUAGCCAGAGGUCUGGCUCUCAUCAGCCUCGAAUGACUCAGGAUCGACCUAGUGGUGCUGGCUCCGCGCAGGAGAGAUUGCGGGCUAGAUUGCAGGGUGGGAGGUCACCGAGUCCGAGUGUUGAUCCCAGUGUGCGGAAGCCGGUUGGUGGGUCCGGAAGUCGGUGGUAG